AUGCGCUUCAACGACGGCUUUUGGCUCUUAAAACAUGGCGUGAAGGCUUACUACGGUCUUGAAGCAACUCAAUCCAAAGAAAUUGACGGUGCAGUUGAGCUCCGUGUUGCAACUCGUCCAAUCAGACACCGAGGCGACACGUUGGGUGGCCCCGUUCUGACUGUGAAAGUACACUCCCCCACUGAAGGCGUAAUCGGCGUCAAGAUCGACCAUUUUGCAACCUUCACUGCCUUGCCCGAGAUACCAUUGUUUCCAGAUGCACAACCGAUUCGCAACUCAUCCCUGAAAGCUAUUGAGGGUGGGCAUCGCCUCUCUUCUGGGGCUUUGACAGCGGAAAUAACCCACAAGCCUUACACCAUCACUUUCAAGUCGCCAACUCGAACCCUUACCUUUGCCGGUCCCAAACACCAAGCAAUAUACGAUGUUCCAUCUCGCUGGACCAUUCUUUCCGCAUCCAACAGCUCCUGCUUAACUCACGAUCCCAGUUCUAAUCCCACUCCCUCACCGCUGCCGGAGUUCGUUCGGUAUAUCAAUUCGGAGCUCAACAUCUCUCCUGGGGAACUUAUCUAUGGUUUUGGGGAACAAUUUGGAGCUUUUGUCAAGAACGGCCAAGCUAUCAAGGUUUGGAAUCAAGACGGUGGCACCUCAAGUGAACAGGCGUACAAGUCGCUCCCAUUUUACAUCACUAAUCGGAACUAUGGCGUGUUUAUCAACCAUCCGGGAGAAGUUGAGGUCGAAGUAGGAAGCGAAAAAGUCAGUCGUGUCGGAACAUCAGUUGCAGGGAGUAGCCUCGAAUAUUUCAUUAUCUAUGGGGAGCAUCCUUUGGACAUACUGGAGAAAUUUACGAGGAUGACCGGCCGUCCUGCACUGCUCCCACAAUGGACCUUUGGCCUUUGGCUGUCCACUUCGUUUUUGACAUCUUACUCGAGUUCUACUGUGUCUGGAUUCCUCCAAGGGAUGUCGGAACGCGCAUGUCCCGUUCGGGUCAUGCAUUUCGAUUGCUUUUGGAUGGCCGCGUAUGAGUGGUGCUCCUUCACUUUUGACCCAGAAUUCUUUCCCGACCCGAAAGCGUACCUCACGGAAAUCAAAGAGAAGUACAACGUCAAAGUUUGUCUAUGGAUCAAUCCGUACAUAUCCCAGCUCUCUCCUACUUUCGCAGAGGGAGUUGAAGGAGGUUUCUUCAUCAAGAGAAACGAUGGAUCACCCUGGCAAUGGGACCUUUGGCAACCCGGGCUGGCAAUUGUUGACAUCACUAAUCCUGCAGCCCGGACUUGGUACGAAAAUAAACUCACCGCUUUGAUGGACCUAGGUGUGGACUGUUUCAAGACGGACUUUGGCGAGCGCAUCCCCCACAGUAAUGUGGUAUACCACGAUGGGUCUGAUCCAAUGCGAAUGCACAACACUUAUUCAGUGCUCUACAACCAACUUGUAUUCAAUGUCAUCGAGAAACGACUGGGAAAGGGCGAAGCUGUUGUUUUCGCCCGAUCCUCUGCAACUGGUGGUCAAAGAUUCCCGGUACACUGGGGAGGAGACUGUGAAUCAACCUGGGAGGCCAUGGCUGAGGCUCUCCGCGGUGCACUCUCCCUCACAGCAUCUGGCUUUGCCUUUGCUUCCCAUGAUAUUGGCGGAUUUGAGGGUCAUCCAGACCCUCAGAUCUAUCAACGUUGGGUUGCAUUCGGUCUCUUCUCAAGUCACAGUCGCCUCCAUGGCUCUGGAUCAUAUCGUGUACCAUGGGUCUACGGUGAAGCUGCUGCCAAGAGCAUGAGCAAAUUCGUCGAGGCCAAACAUCGUCUGAUGCCUUACAUUUACAAUCUAGCAGUGCAGGCGCAUUCGAAUGGACACCCCCUCCAACGAGCAAUGUUCAUCGAGUUCUCAGAUGACAGAAACACGCAUACCCUUGACAGACAGUUUAUGCUCGGCCCAUCGCUUCUAGUCGCUCCGGUUUUCGUAGACGAGAAAGAGGAAACAGAGUAUUACAUUCCCUCCGGCAUCUGGACCUCGUUCUUCCACCCAGAACGCACUGUCCAGGGACCUAUUUGGAUCAAAGAAGUGGUUCCUCUUGACGAACUACCCGUCUGGGUGAGGCCUGGGACUGUUCUGUGCCUGGGGCCCGAGAAAAUCGGUCGACCCGACUAUGAUUACACGAAGAAUAUUCAAGUCCGCGCUUAUCAACUUGCCGAAGGACAGAUCGUCCAGGCCAACAUCGCAGAUGGCGUUAACGUCACGGUGGAAAAGAAAGGCGGGCAAGUCAAGGUCUCGCAGGUCGGCAUGAACAUGUCUUCGCUGGUCUUAUAUGGCGAAGAGCUCAAAUCGACGAGCAAAGGAAUCAUUCAGUCGGACCACGUCUUAGUAGAAGACACCGACGAGCUUGUUGUACAGAUUUAG